AUGGCAGACGAACCCUCUUCACCCAAGGACAUGCCCCAGGCGACGGCCACUGAGGCGCCUGCAGCCGACACCUCGUCACCGCCUUCCAUCUCUAGUGGCGAGAACAACAAUGAGAAGGCUGCUGCGCACACGACCACCGCUGUCGACCUCGACCGGGUCGGUGAGACCGACGGCUACCUGCUCGACGAAGCCAAAAUUCGCGAGAAGCUGGGUCUUGCGCCCGAUGUGGCGCUCAAGAAGUCCAGCGACGGCAAGGUCUUGAUUCCCCAGCCUACCGAGGAUCCUGAAGACCCCCUGAACUGGCCCAGCUGGAAAAAGGCAGCCAUCCUGCUGGUGAUUGCGGUCAACGCUGCGACCUCGGAUUACUCUGCCGCCACCGGCGCAAGUGCUCUCAUUCCUCAAGCGACACAGUGGCGCAUCAACCCGAAUGAAGUCAACCAUGCCACGGCCGGUAACACGUUCAUGCUGGGUGUCGGCGGUAUCCUGACCGUCUGGCUCUCGGCCUGGAUUGGUCGCCUUCCCGUCCUCUUCUGGUUCGGAUGCCUUUCUGCCGGUACCGCGGCGUGGUCUGCCGCUGCGAAGUCUUUUGAGUCAUACAUGGCGUCCCGCAUUUUGAACGGCAUGUUCGCGGUCGCAGGUGCGGGUGGUGGUCUCAUGUGGAUCAAGGAUGUCUGGUUCUUCCACGAGCAUGCCAGAAAGAUCAACAUCUGGAGUACCGCCAUCAUCUUGUCCCCCUUCCUGGGUCCGCAGUUCAUGGCCGCCAUUCUCAGUGUGAGCACAUGGAGGACGGGCAUGUGGCUCAACUUCGGCAUCAUCAUGCUGGGAUUGGCCUUGACUGUCACUCUGGGUGACGAGACCUUCUAUCCAAGACAUCUGAUGCCGGACCGAGUUCCCAAGCGCAAGAACCGUCUUCUCCGCGUUGUUGGUAUUGAGCAGUACAAGACCAAGUACACGACCAACACUUUCCUCGAGGCGGGCAGCCGACUGGGCUACACCGUUCUCAAGUUGCCAGUGUUUUUGACCUGUCUUUUCUACUUUUUUGACUUCCCAUGGACGAUUGGAAACAACACAACUAUUUCCGUCUUCAUUAUUCCUGCAUACAACUUUGACUUCCGCAACCUCGCGGCCGUCUACACGGCACCCGUCAUUGGCGCAAUCCUCGGAUUGGUCAUCGGUCACUUCAUGUUCGACUUCAUUGCCAGAAUGUGGGCGAAGCGCCAUAACGGGAUCAUCGCCCCCGAGAACAGACUGGUCAUUUUGUGGCUUGUGUUGCCGUUCAAGCUCAUCGGCUACAAUCUGAUCGGGUCGACCCUGCAUCAUGCGCCCGCGUGGUCUUACUGGGUCCUUGUGGUGGGAUGGGGAAUGCACAACUUCGCCACGAUUGUCACCACUUCGGCGGUGGGUGCGUACUUGCUCGACAGCUACCCUGAGGCUGCCGGCGAGUGUGCUGCCCUGCUCAACUUUGCCAGAACACUAGGUGGAUUCAUCAUCGGGUACAUCCAGAUCAACUGGGCCACCAAAGCGGGCACACAGACGGAAUACGGUAUCCAGAGCGGCAUCAUGGGAGCCGCCUUCUUCUUGGUCGUGUUCCUGCAAUUCUUCGGAGCCAAGUUGAGGCAUGCACAAGGACCGUUGAACUUCAGGACUUACUAG